GACAAAAUAGGACGCAACGCAACUUUCCAAACAAGCGAGUCUAACGUCUCGCGAGAACAGGUAGCGUUACUAUGGAAACAUUGAGACGCCUUGUUUUAGAAGUAAGAAGAAGAAGGGAGUUGUUUCAGCUGAUCUUUUCACCAUGGAUCAAGGUGCGACCGGUGUAGCAGUGCAGAUGACUGUAUUACGAGGAGAAAAUUUGAGGGGUAAUAAAAACCAGUCGUUUCUCAGUUUUGUGCGUGCUGAAUUUAACGGUGUGGUGCUGGGAGACUCACAGAGGCUGCACGUGCCUGUGGACGAACGCGUGAAUUACAACUUCACCUGUAGCUUUGAAUGUUCAGAAGUGACCCACACGCUGGACGAUCUGGCACAUAAACCUGUCAUAUUAACACUGAUUGAGAUCUUCCCAAAAGAAGAGAAACAAAAAGAGGAGAAGACUUCUGUCUUGGGCCAGGCUGUUGUGGACCUGCUCCCUCUGUUGCAUGGGCAGUGUACCUUCUCCUCCAUUGUGGAGCUUCACCCUACACAAGGAUCACCCUAUGAGACUGUCUCACAGGACAAAGGAAUUAAGCCAACACUGGAGGUGACAGUCAGUACACCAGAGCCGUUGCUCUCAGACAUUCAGCUAUCUGAGUCUAAUUUGUUGACAGUCACAGUGGAGACGGCUUACUCCGUGCCUGAGGUUUGGAAUGCUGCUGCCACUGGGCCUCAGCACAGUUAUAUAGCUGCUCUGCAAGUCCCCCUAACAUCACAAAAGAAAGAGCAGCUACUGUUGUUCUCCAAUGGUAUUUUAAAAAUGGGUGGUGAAAGAGAGCCUGUGCAUAGAGCCAAAAAAUGGCCCCGGGGCUCAUUCCUCACUCCAGAUGCCCAGUUCAUCCCAGGCAUGUCCAUUGUCGACGAGCCUGUUAAUCUGGAUCAUAAUGACCUUAAUACUUUUGAGGAUGAGGUAUUCCGAGCCGAAGCUGAGUGUAACAGAAAAAGAGUGAGCUGGGAUACAGAGCGCCGGUGUUUUAUUGAUGCGGGAGGAGUUACAUGUUUGUCCCGCAGAAUUGUCGAAUGCAGGUUCUGGCCAGUGGAAGUUAUGAGAUGUACACAGUUUGGAUCGAACAAAGCAGGAGGAGGGAAAGUAGGCAAAGAAAAACCUGUAAGCAAUGAACAGCUGGAAGAUGAGAUUCAGAUUUCUUUUCAUGGAGUUGCCUAUGUUGACUUUGCACUUUUGCUGUACCCUGGGGUCAGGCGUAUCCGUGGAGUGUACAGAAUUCACCCAUUCUCUGAAUCUGACCUCCUAAUGAAGACCAAGAGGCAGGCGAGUGUGGUGAGUGAGAGUGUGAAGGCACUGGUAGCAGAGGCUUGUCUUCGUCCAACUUCCUCCUGCAAGGCAGCAUCCAGCAAAGUGUUGGGAGGCAAAGAGAGUAAAGAAGAAAUGAAAAAGGCAAAACCAGCGCAAACAGAGAGCGUGACGGAUGUUGAACCACAAGUGAAUACAGACGCUCAGAUGUAUGCAGAUUCGAGAUCAUACAUUAUAAUUGAAAUUGCUUUGGAAAAACCGCUGGUUCCAAAAAGACAGCCAGAAGAGCUAGCAAGAAGAGUGAGGGAGCUGAUUCCUCCCAGGCCUCCACGACCCAGACAUUCAGCAGGAGCAGAGAAAGCUGUGCAGGAGUACCAGGCACAGAUAAUGAGCGUAGGAGUGCAGGUGUUGCAGCAGUAUGAGCAGAUGUUUGGAGCUGCAUUUGUUCCUGGUGCCAGGCCUCUGGAUCCUGCCACCCAAGAGCAGCGCAAAACCCAGUUAUUCGGAGAGCUCAACUGCUCUGGGAAAUACUUUGCCUUUAAGGAGCAAAUGAAAUACUCAGUAGUCCGAAUUGUACGUGAGAAGAUGCUGAGAACUGAAGCUUUCACCAACCCAGAGCAGCUGCAGGCUUUCCUGAGUCAACUCUACAUCUUCCUGGUGGAUGAGAUGCAUGUUGCACUUAAUAAGACCUUAUCAGCCAAAGAACAAGAGCUCCAGGCUCAGCCCCUGCUGGAUUGCAGUCAGCUUAUGCACUUUGCCAAAGAGGCCCUGUUACAUGAGGAUUAUCAGCUAGCUGCCUACUAUUACCAAGAGCAGCUGGCUCAAGAUCGUAGCAAUCCAUCCCACUGGUUUAAUUAUGGCGUGUUUUACAUGUCCACUGCUGAAUAUGUGAAGGCGGAGGAGUGUUUCCAUUUGGCCAUAUCUGUUGACCAAGAGCACAUACCCAGCUUACUUAUGUGUGGGAUUCUGUCAGAAAUGAACAGUCACUAUGAGGAGGCAGAGACCUUUUUUGAGAGGGCCACAUGUAUCGAUUCAAGCUCUGUGGUCACCUGGACCAUAAUUGGCUUGUUUUACUUGGCCCAACAGAACUUCAUCCAAGCAGAAAUGGCAUUCAUAGAAGCAACUAAGCAGCAGAGAGCAGCCCUGGCGUGUAGCAGUCCAGAACAGAGAACAGAGACUGCAUGCUUCAGCCACUCUCAUUCAGAGGAUAAUGAGCCAGUGGACAAACCAGCUGUAGAAGGAGUCACUGAAAGUGCGACAGAAGGACAGGACAAACCUCAGAGCAGCCAGAAUGUCAGAGCAGAAGAGGGUGAUAAAACAAGAGCUGAUCCUGUACAAACCUUCCCUCAAAACCAUCAUAGUCCUACUAGAGUUGGCACCACCAUCUACAUGGAGACGGUGGAGUUUCUACUACAGAGUUACGCCUUACAGAUGGCUCAGAGGGCUUUGGCUCAGGAGUUGUUGUGUCCAGAUGGAGGGCCAGGCAGCUCGUAUUUUUUGGCACUGGCCCAAAUACAGCUGCUGAGAGGAGAGUACAGCAGUGCUGAGGCGAGUUUGCAGCAGGCUCUCAGUCAUAACUUUCAGAACCCUGAUGUGUGGGCUCUCUAUGGUCACAUGCACUAUAUGAUGAAGGAUUAUAAUCAAGCUCAAGACUCAUAUGAGAGAACGCUUGAUUUUGUGACAGAUGCUUCAGACACACAUCCUGUUUAUCUACGUCUGGGAUCCAUCUACAUACAGAAAGGACAGUAUGAUAAGGCAAAGCCCACAUACAUGCUUGCCUGUAAGAGUUCUCCCUCCUGUCUCACCUGGCUCGGGCUGGGGAUUGCCUGCUACAGGUUGGAGGAGUUGACUGAGUCUGAGGAUGCUCUGACUGAAGCUAAUGCCCUCAAUAACAGGAACCCUGAGGUCUGGGGCUACCUGUCACUGAUUUGUUUACAGACUGGAAGGAAACUUGAAGCAGAGCAGUCAUUCAAGUAUGCUGUAAAGUUCAAUGUAUCAGAGGCACUGCUGCAGGAGAUUACAGAUGUGCAGACACGUGUGGGGUUUGGAAAUCCAUGUUUUUCAUAAAGCCUGUACACUGCACACCUUUAGCAACCUUCUAAGCAGAUGUGUUCAUGUAUUCUGUCUGUUGCUAAAGAAGAAUUAAAAUAAAGCAUCAUUACUUA